CACAGCAGUCCGGUGUGCGACCGGACCAAUCACAGCAGGCCGGUGUGCGUCCGGACCAAUCGCAGCAGGCCGGUGUGCGUCCGGACCAAUCACAGCAGGUCUGUGUGCGUCCGGACCAAUCGCAGCAGGCCGGUGUGCAUCCGGACUAAUGACAGCACGCUGUAGGCAGCUAAGCGGUGGUCGCGAUGGCGUCUCUGGAGCUGAGGACUCGUCUGGAGGAGCUUCUGAAGAGACUCGACAUCGACACGAUCUGCGUCGAGCACCCCGAGGUGUUCACGGUGGAGGAGAUGAUGCCUCACGUGGCUCAUCUGAGCGGUGCUGUCACUAAAAACCUCUUCCUGAAGGACAAGAAGAAGAAGAGCCUGUGGCUGCUGUCAGUGCGUCAGGACCGUCAGCUGAACCUGAGCGAUGUGUCCAAGCGUCUGGGGCUCGGCGCGGGGAACCUGCGUCUGGCUGACGAGUCUGUGAUGCUGGAGAAGCUGAAGGUGGGUCAGGGCUGUGCCUCGGCCCUCGCGCUCUUCUGUGACACCCAACACAGCGUCAGGAUAGUGCUGGACCACCACCUGAUCCACGGAGGACACCUCAGAGUCUACUUCCACCCCAUGACCAACACUGCCACCAUGGGCCUGCGACCGGACGACCUGCUCCGCUUCCUGAAGGAGACCGGACACGAGCCCCUCGUCCUGAGCCUCGACUGAGUCUGACCCACACGAGCUCCUCCUGACGAGAGUCACACACACACACACACACACACACACACACACAGAGAGAGAGACACACACACACACAGAGAGAGAGAGAGAGAGAGAGAGAGACAGACUUCUCCUGACGAGAGUCACACACACACACACACACACACAGGUGUGCAGAACUCUUCCCCUGAUGGACACACCGACUCUGUAGUGUGCACAGAGCUGUAUUUAGAUGUCAGGACUCAGGCGGAGACACUCAGGUCAGAGCUGAAGUCUGUGGGGCUCAUACCAUGACCCUGUCUCAAAUCUGCCGCCGAGCUGUCUCAUUAGUGAGCAGCACCACAGCACCCUACAGCCAGUGUACAAGACCCAAGUGCACAUCAAGUGUGUUCCUUCACUGAUCAACAUCAAGCCCGAGUGUUCAGAGACGCACCUGAAGAUGUCAGCCAUGUAACGGGACACUGUCCUACACACUAUCAUCCAGUAAGCUGGGAUCAGAAACUGUUGUGAAAGAAGUCUCUUCUGCUCACUGAGGCUGCAUUCAUGAGAUCAAAAUACAAUAAAAACUAUUAUUCUAAUGUAAAA